UUUUGUUACAUUUGCCUCCAACAUGCACACUAUUGUGCUGACUUCAUUUGCUGCGAUUGUAUUUUUGACAUCACUUUCUGUCUCCUUCCCAAAAGUCCCACAUGUCCCAAUGAAGCCAACCGCUCACACCAGAAGGGGAAAGACCACGGCCUUCAGAAGAAUAAGCAUAAUAAAGUGCUGCGGGAAAAAAUCAUGUUACGUUUCUUCAAAAACCAAAGUACCACUCUUCAAUUCAACGGUCGUCAAGAGCAAUCGUAAGACAACGGGGACUAUACAUGAUUAUGUAGAAUCCAAAUCAACAAUUAUAAUGGAUUAUAAUUCCGUUGAAUCUGGCCCUGAAAAAAUGACUGAAACUUUUUCAACGCCUGUUAAAACAAUAACCGAGGACGCAAAAAGAUUUACCAUGAUUGAUUCAUCGUCAUCAAGUGUCUCAGUUUCUGAUGCUGAGACAUCUUCUGUUGGGCUAGGAAUUACUGAGACACCCUCAACAACUUUGGUAGAAUCGCUUUUGAGUUCUGCUAACAUAGUGAGGGCAGCGAGCGAAUCCACGUCAUCCAAAAUCACUGACAUUACCAUACCCACUGAACGUAUAAUAACAGUUCCAAUUGCAAAUUUAAUGCCGGCCAGUGUGGUGAGCAUUUUCACAUCAUCAAAAAUAUCAAUUACUACUGGUAGUCCUGCCGUAACUACCGAAACAACUGUUUCAACAAAACCCGACACCACUACAGCUAUGCAGACAACAACAACUAUGUCCCUUGCAGAGAAAACGUACGCAGGGGCUAUUAAGGAAUGUUGCAGUAUUGGAAUGAGCCUACUCAGUUUUGACCUGACAAUCAAAUACGAAGCAUUGAUUAACGCAAUUAAAACGUUAGGAGCGGAUGGAGAUUAUUUUUGGACAUCCGGGAUUAAAACGGCGAGCGACGGGAAAUUCGGUUUCUUAGCAGUCCAGAAGCCCUUUGGAGGAAAUGCUCGCUGGGAACCAGGUCAGCCGGACAACGCGGGCGGCAUCGAGAACGCUGUUGCAGUUUAUGUAAAUGCCAGUUACGCACGGUUGUUUGAUUUUGAGGAGAGGAAGAUAAUGAGAUUUAUAUGCGAGGGAUCUGAUGCAACAACAAAUAACACAGCCGGAACAACUGCCAGCAAUGAAUGCGCCUUUACUUACAACGUUAGCCAGAUUGAGAUUGACCAACUACUAAAUAACACUCACAACUUGGAUAUUCGAAUGAAGUGCUUUUUGCGGUGCAUGGGAGAACAAGCAGGAUUGAUGGUAAACGGAGUGUACAUUGACAGCCAAGUUUUGGCGAUUCUGGAGAAUAUGGCUCAGGGAAAUAUUAGCGAACUAUCACAGAAUGUGGCAGUUGCCACUGAAUGUGGAAACACGCCAGAUGGUAUGGACGAAUGCGAAAAGGCAGCAGAAAUUAUCAGAUGCAGCUAUGACAAAUCCCCGGAUGUUGUGAGAGCAGUUAUCACAGCCGUCGAUCAAUCGCUGCCCACGCCGCCUAAGAAUGAUUUUGUGUCUUUGCAAGGCCAGUGCCCAAGUAAUGUAUCAUGUGUCUUAGAUCCUAUUAAGCAGAAGAUAAUUGGCGAUUGCACUGGUACAUGCAAUACGACUUUGGGUGAAGUCGACCAAUUGUGUGGUAAAAAAUGGUAUCGAACGUAUGCCUCGUAUAACAACACUCAAAAUUUAACUUGCGCUUGUGCCGAAGUUGGAAUGAAAUUGGGAUCGUUGGAAAUUCCAAGCAUUUUAAAAUGCAUGCAAGUCUCCAACGCUUUUGGUGGCAUUCACGGGGUGGCAGGUUUAUUUGACAUUGCUGGCGAUGGGAAUUGGCGUUGGUGCCCAUCCAAAACACCCUUUACAGCCGAGGGAUACACCAGCGUUACGUUUGACCCUACUAAUAGGGCUGGAGUUAUAGAAUGUCAUGCGCUGACUGAUCCUGACCAGGGCAAAAAUAUUUCCACGGAUGCUUUCCAGCUGCUCACUGAUGAUGAUAGGUUUGCCUGCCUGAUUGGUGGAUUUCUUCAAAACAGUCCCUCUGGUCUAGUGCUGAAUUUUGAUAUCUGCAUGGGUCCUGUGAUUCAUUGA